AUGCGCAGUGCGAGAGGCCCCCUUCAAUAUGCUGUUGGUUCUCUAGCAGUGUUCUCGUCUGGUAAUCUUGUUGACCGGCGCUCGAGGACUGCCCUGUCGGCGUACACUGAAUCCUUUUCCAUAACAUACCACCGCCAUACCACCAUCAUACCACCAUCAUACCACCACCAUACCACCAUCCCUGCCAUACCACCAUCAUACCACCGCCAUACCACCAAUACCACGCCAUACCACCAUCAUACCACAUACCGCCAUACCAUUCAUACCAUCAUACCGCCAUCAUACCACCCUCAUAUCGCCCUCAUACCACCAUCAUACCACCGCCAUACCACCAUCAUACCACCGCCAUACCACCAUCCAUACCACCGCCAUACCACCAUCAUACCACCGCCAUACCACCAUCAUACCACCCUCAUACCACCGCCGUCAGUAUAG